CUGGAUUAGUGACACUAUUACACGUACCAUCAAGAAAAGACGCUCACCUAGUCGAAGUUCCGCACAACGCCGAAGAUAACGAUUAAAGAAUACUGACACAGCGAGCCUUGUAAGAGAAGUUCUUGUGAGGAGGAUUGUUACAGUAACGUCCGGCCCAGGUCGGAGGGCGAAGAGAGGAUGGCCACGCGUCACACGAGUUUGAAAGUCCAUGACCGUUCUUCUAGUCCGGACGUUGCUGUUGUAGCGAACGAUGCCGGCGCCAGCGCUCGCGAAGGCCGCGGUUCUUGCAGGAAAAGGCGUGCUCAUCAUGCACAGGACGCUCAGGGCGGACGGCGGAAGCAAUUGAGUUCGAACGCAAGGCAGAGCGCAAAAUAUCUUGGCGACGGGGCGAAAAUUUCGUGCGCCCAGUCUGAAAGUGUCAGAAAGUCUAGAAAUAUCUGGGCGCGGGAGGGAAUGCGGCAUCGGCGAUUCGCGAAGGGCCGGGGGUUUUCGGGCGAAAAAAAAGAGGAUUCAGAUACGAUCCGGUCCGAGUCGAUAUUCAUCGGCGAAUGAUGUGAUUAGCGCGUAGGCGAGGAGGAGGAGGAGGGAGCGGGGAGCGCCUAUAAAAUGGAGCAACAAACCCUAAGAAGGCCUCUCUUUCCUGGGAGCCUUCCGCCGCUGGUUCUAGUUGCCUCCGCGCAACUCCGCUUUCGGUUCUGGUUCUCUUUUGAUCGAUCGGGUACGUAACGGGGUUCUAAUCUUUCGGAUCGAGGUUCGUUCGAGGUUUGGUUCUUCAGAUCGGUCGGGUUCGAGAGUUUUUACUUUUCAGUUCGCAUCGAUCGUUGGUUCGACAGUCGUUGUUGUAAGAGGAGAGAGUGUGUGUGUGAUUAUUCGACAUGGCAGCCGUAUCAACUGCUCCCGAGUACAGAUGUUUCGUAGGCGGCCUUGCAUGGGCCACCAGUGACAGCCGCCUGGAAGAGGCCUUCAGGGUUUUCGGAGCUGUGACCGAGUCGAAGAUCAUCAGCGACCGUGAAACCGGUCGUAGCAGAGGCUUUGGAUUUGUCACGUUCGCCGAUGAGAAUGCCAUGAAGGAAGCUAUCGAGUCCAUGAAUGGCAAGGAGCUCGAUGGUCGCAACAUCACCGUCAACCAAGCUCAGUCUAGGAACGGUGGUGACCGCGGUAGCGGUGGUGGUGGUGGUUACCGCAGCGGUGGAGGCGGUGGUUAUGGUGGUGCUGGUGGAGGCGGUGGCUACAGCCGGGAUGGAGGGAGUCGCAGCGGAGGUGGUUAUGGCAGCGGUGGUGGUGGUGACCGUGGGUACGGUGGAAGUGCCGGAGGACGUGGUGGCGGAUAUGGAAGCGGUGGUGGUGGUGGAUACGGAAGUGGUGGUGGCGGCGGCAGCGGCCGAUCCGGUGCUAGCAACUGGAGAGGUGGAAACGACCGACAAAGCGAGUACUGAUUAAGUCGCUGUCAGAUUUAAGCCGUCACAAGUUCGGGAGCCAGGGCUCUUUCGGCUCUCUUGUUCCUCAUGUUCUUCGUUCACCUUCGGUCCCGACACCUUCUUGACACGGGCCUCUUGACUGGAGGUUUUCGAUACCGCUUCGGAAGUGGUUCUUAGUUCUCAGUUCUGUUCGUAAGUUUUGGUAUAUUUGGUUGCUUGUUGGAGCAGGAAGACCGUUUAAAGUCAUAUUUUAAGCUGACGACUGCUCGUCUAUGUUAUUCUGCUUGCCACACGAUGGCUUGCAAAGUUCCUAAUGGUUUCUCUCAGUUCCGGUUCUCUUGGUCGAGUCACUUUGUCACACGUCAUGGAUCUGAAGUUCUUCAUUCGGUGCUGUUACUCUUGACAGCCAGUUAUGUAGAGGUGAAUUAGCCAACUUACAUUCACUUUAAAUGGAGUAAUCAUCUGUCUUUAUAUGCUCCGUGUAUCCCUACGCGUUCAGUGGGAAGUGUGAGUGAAUAUGUGCCUUAGCAACCGCAGACGAAAUUCUCAUUUUUUACUAAAAGUAGUUGUGAAACUAAUGAACGUAGUUUGGUUCGAGAAUAAGAAAUUUACCUAGUCACAGACAAGAUGGAAAAUAACGAUGAUUUGCAUUAACAAAGAUUAGACCAUAACCGG